AUGACGCAUUCUAGGGAGCCUGGGUUCGUCGAGCUCUCUGUGGAUGGAAGUAUGGUGCUCGAAACGGACACAGUGGGCGGAGGUGGUGUGGUACAGGAUGGAGAUGGGAGAUGGAUUUCUAGGUUUGCGGUGGCUUUUGGCGUCGGAGAUGCUUUUUUGGCAGAGUUGCGAGCUCUCUAUGAGGGUUUACGACAUGUUUGGGAGCUGGGGUUUCGCAAGGUUGUGUGUUUCACUGAUUGUGUUGAGUUGGUUGAUGUGGUAACAGGGGCGCAGAAUGUCUGUCAUUUUUGGCAUAGAGAUGUUAUUAUGCAGGUUAGAGAGAUGCUUCAAUCGAGUUGGCAGAUUUCGGUGCGUCAUAUUUCUCGGGAGCGGAAUAUGGUGGCGGAUGCCCUAGCUAAGUUUACAACUAGAACUCGAUGUAGUUGGCGAGUUUGGAGGUUACCGCCAUCAAUGGUGGUGCCCCUGCUUUGCCAAGAUGUGUUAGCGUAG